GGAACAACUCUUCUGGUAAAUGGCUAUUAGUCACGCCAUCUUUAUUGAUCCUUCAAAGUCAACACUGUCAACUUAGCUACCCUUUCCCACUGUCUCAUCUCCAUUCUCUGCUUUCACGCUCCAUAGGUAAACUUACCAUGGCUGGCACAAUCAUCAUCACCGGCGCCAAUGGCUCUCUAGCCACUCCAGCCGUCCAGCUGCUUCUCUCCAAAUACCCUGAUUACAACCUUCUGCUAACAGUUCGCAACCAAGAGGCGAUUAAGAACAUUCUUGCUUUUAUCCCGCAGUCGCAAGCCGACAAAGUCAGCGUCAGACAGCUGGAUCUAGCAGAUCUCUCCUCUGUUCAUGACUUCGCUACUACCGUUGCUGAAGAAAUCAAGACCGGAAAGCUUCCGCCUCUCGCUAGCAUCGUUUGCAAUGCCUACUACUGGAAUCUACGUGCCAAGGGCGAACUGACUGGCGAUGGUUACGAGAAGACCUUCCAGGUCAACCACAUUGCUCACGCAGCACUUAUCCUGCGUCUACUAGGCUGCUUCAGCCCGGAAUCUAGCGGUCGCAUUGUGCUCUUUAGCAGCGAUGCCCACUGGCCCGGGAAGAACGGCCUAGAAAAGUACCCCCCUGCGAUCCCGGACAAGCUGGAGACGCUGGUGAAGCCGGCAGCGCAGACACCGGCAGAUCCGAUGGGUCGGGGGUUCCAGCAGUAUGCCAAUUCGAAACUAGCCAUUGUCAUGUGGAUGUAUGCGUUGAACCGUUACCUGGAAAGGGACCCCGCGCUGAAACAUGUCACUGCGAUAGCGGUGAACCCAGGCAACCUGGCCGAUUCUCGCGCACUGCGAGUAAACACCCCGGCCUUCUUCACCUUCCUGUCAUAUUUCAUCAUUCGACCAUUUCUCUUCUUGUUGCGUCGUUUUGCAGACCCCACAAUGCGCACUGUCCGAGAAGCUGCUGUUGAUAUAGUCGAGUUUGCCACCAACGCAUCCAGCCCGAAUGAGCGCGGCUACUUUACCCUCUCCAAGAAGGACGUGAGCUCCCCCGAUAGCUUGAAUGAGGAGAAACAGCAGGCAUUGUGGCGGAAGACUCUUGAGUGGUCUAGGAUUACAAAGGAAAACACUGCUCUUCAAGCAGGGUUCGAUGAAUGAAACCCUGCCAUCACUACAUAAUUUCUAGUCCUGACAUGGUAGGUAGAAUAAUGAGAAUAAA